AUGAGGUUUCUUUCUAAAAGUGCUCUGCCAUUUGUUGCGAGUGCACUCUCACUCCUAUCUGUUCAGGUUGCAGCCCGAUCGCAAGAACCUAGUGCCAUCCAACAUGUCUCGAUACUUGAACAUGCGGUAAUCAACACACCCUCUCACGAGGUCGACCACCUUACAGAUUUCGAUGUCACUUUCGAACUUUCAGAUAAACAUCAAACAAUAAAAUUAGAACUAGAACCCAACCAUGAUAUCCUAGCCGAUGAUGCAUACGUGCAGUAUCUUGACGCGGAAGGAAACAUCCAUCGUGAGGAGCCCAUCCAACGACAUGAACACAAGGUUUUCAAAGGGCAAUCUCUGCUGAGGAGAGACAAUGGUCUGUGGAAGCCCGUGGGAUGGGCAAGGAUUUAUGUCCAACGGGACGGUUCCCAACCCCUGUUCGAAGGAGUUUUCAGUGUCGAUAAUGACAACCAUCACGUUGAACUCAAGUCAACUUACUUGCAGAAGAAGCGCGUCGAGGACGCCAGUAUUCCCGACCGAAAGGACGAAUAUAUGGUUGUCUAUCGUGACUCCGAUAUGAUUCGACAGGUCCGCAAUGAGUUGAAGCGUUCUUUGAUCAGCUCGUCGUCCUGCCAGGCCGACAAGCUCGGUUUCAACAGUGACCCGCAGCAUCCGAUCUUCCGCUCUGAGUUUCAAGACAUGGACUUGGGUAUGACCAGCUAUGGUUCCAUGUCGCUGAACUCAUUGUUUGGUCUCAGCAAACGACAGUCGGAUAUUGGCGGUGUUUCAGGAAAUGCGGGUGGUGUUAAUCUGGCUCAAACCAUCGGUAGCACAUCCGGGUGUCCCAAGACCAAACAAGUGGCCUUGGUCGGCAUUGCGGCAGAUUGUUCCUUCAGGGCUUCGUUCGACAACGACGACGCUGCCAAGCAAUGGAUCAUUAACGUGGUCAACAGUGCCUCGGACGUCUAUGAAAAGUCGUUCAAUAUUUCCAUCGGCCUGCGAAAUCUCACCAUGACCGACAAGACGUGUCCUGAGACUGCGCCGGCUUCAACACAGUGGAACAUGCCAUGUGAUCAAAGCAACAUCACUCAGCGACUCAAUCUUUUCUCCCAGUGGCGUGGACAACAGAGCGAUGGCAAUGCCUAUUGGACGCUCAUGAGCAAUUGCCCUACCGGCAGCGAGGUGGGUUUGGCAUGGCUUGGACAACUCUGUAAUGCGGAAGUUACCGGUGAUGGCAGCAACUCGGUAUCCGGGACCAACGUUGUGGUCCGCGUGUCGGGUGGUGGAUGGCAGGUCUUUGCACAUGAGUCGGGCCACACCUUCGGAGCGGUGCAUGACUGCGACAGUAUGACCUGCGCGCAGAACUUGGAGGCGUCCUCUCAAUGCUGUCCGUACAACAGGGGAACUUGUGAUGCCAAUGGAAAGUACAUCAUGAACCCGAGUACAGGAGCGGAUAUUACCGCGUUCUCACCAUGCACAAUUGGAAACAUUUGCUCUGCGUUAGGUCGCAACAGUGUCAAGUCCAGCUGUCUGUCUGAUAAUCGCAACGUCGUCACCUACACCGGCAGCCAAUGCGGCAACGGUAUUGUUGAAGCCGGCGAAGACUGUGAUUGCGGCGGCGAGUCAUCCUGCGGCAACAACCCCUGCUGCGACGCCAAAACCUGCAAGUUCAAGAAUGGAGCCGUGUGCGAUGAUGCCAACGACAGCUGCUGCUCGCAGUGUCAAUUCUCUGCCGCCGGAACCGUCUGCCGAGCUAGUCUCGGGGAAUGUGAUCUGCAAGAGACGUGUACUGGGAAUUCGAGCACCUGUCCUGCGGAUUCGUUCAAGAAGGACGGAGAACAAUGUGGCAAUAUCUCUGGCCUGACCUGCGCCAGUGGCCAAUGCACCAGCCGUGACUAUCAAUGCCGGGCCGUUAUGGGAAGUUUGAUCCACGACAAUAACACCUACGCUUGCCCGCAAUUCGAUUCGUCAUGCGAAUUGAUCUGUACAUCCCCUUCCCUGGGUUCAUGCUUCAGUAUAAACCAGAACUUCCUCGAUGGAACCCCCUGCGGUAGCGGGGGUUACUGCCACAACGGGCGGUGCGACGGCUCCAACAUUGGAUCCUGGAUCGAGGAACACAAGAAUAUCGUCAUUGGCGUCGCAUGCGGUGUUGGUGGCUUACUUGUCCUCUCCAUCCUCUGUCGUCAAACGGCCACCGAUGCGGCCCUGGCCGGGCCCUAUGCCACCACCGCCACCUCAAAUGGGACAGUGGGCCGGGCCUAA